AUGAUCAAUCAAAAAACGUAAAGCAUCGAGCAAGAAGCUAUUCAAUGUAAAAUAUAGCAAUUUCUAAAUUACAGAUCCUUUGGAUAGUUAAAAAAGUGAGGAGUCUUGCCAAAGAAACCUAAAUCUGAAACCCAUUCCUUAACUUUCUGCUGUUUUCAUAGAAAGUCACGAUCUUCCACAUGAAAUUCCUACUGGUAAACCUAUCUAUGCUUGUACAAAAUGCAAAAAAGAAUUAAGAGCGUAAAUUAUAUAAAUGAUGAUAGUCUGAAAAUCUUUUAAAGUUUAGGUAGUAUUUUACUCUUAGGAUUUAUCUUGGGAAGAGCAAUACCAUAAUUUAUAUAUGAAGGCUGCUUAUUAUCAGCAAUUAUUUGGAUUUGCAGGUAUUUAAAUUAAUUUUAUUGUAGUAUUGUAUUAUUUAUCUUGAAUAUGAUUCUGUAUUGUCUCUUUAUAAAUAAAAGGGCCCUAUUAAUUAUUACUAUUUGGAUAUUAGGAAAUUGUUUAACAUUUCUUUCAGACUUAAUAGCCACUGUAAUUGCACUAGGUUCUCCUUUGUAUUAGAAUAUAUGCUAGAAAUCUUAAUGGCAAAGCGAAGAAGAUGAUUGCCAAAAUAAAAAAUCUAUCAAAGACACUUUGUAAUUAAAUAUUUAAUUAAAGCUCUAUUAUUUAUAUAGCUUUCUUAUUAGCUAUUGGAAUUAUUCAUGGUUGCUUAUGUUAUAAAGGAUAUCAAAUAAGAAAAUUGUUCAAAUUUUAACAAAAAUUAUCAAAUAGUGUUCCUUCCUCAACUUAAAUUUAAUUUUGA